UCAGAGAGCGUUGGUCAACUGACAUUUUCGCCCCUGAAGCCCAGAGAUGAUGAUGCCUUUUCCGUGACUCAGAAAAAAGACAGCUUUAAACCAUUUCAAGGAGCUGGUAUACAGUUAUUUGCUGAGACAAGUGAAGACGUCGAAGGUCAAGAUGACGAUAAACUUCACUUUGAGCCAGUCAUUGCUCUUCCAGAUGAAAUUCAAAUUGUGACAGGUGAAGAAGGUUUAGAUGUGCUGUUCUGCGAGCGAGCCAAGCUGUACCGUUUUGACAGUGAUUCUAGUCAAUGGAAAGAACGAGGGGUCGGAGAAAUGAAGCUCUUACGGCAUCCAAAGUCUUGUCAAGGAAGAGUGCUCAUGAGACGGGAGCAGAUAAAAAAGUUGUGUGCCAAUCAUUACAUCAGUGCUGGGAUGGAGCUCAAACCCAAUGUUGGAUCAGAUCGUUCUUGGGUGUGGUACACUCCAGCCGAUUAUGCCGAGGGUGAGGCGAAACCAAAGAGGCUCGCGAUCAAGUUUAAGUCUGCAGAAAUUGCUGGAAAGUUUAAGGAGGUAUUUGAUGACCUCAGAGAGACAUUACCCUCAGAAACUAGCCCUGAAAAGGAAGUAACUGGUGAUGAACAAGAGACUGGCUGUGCUCUUUUUAAGCAAUUUAUGUCGAGAUUUGCUCCUGCGCCAGGCUCGUGGACAUGUGAAGUGUGCGACGUUGACAACGAUGCCGAACAUUUGCAAUGUAAUGCAUGUAAUUCUGUUAAGACUGCAAGAGAACCUCAGAGAACUGUUUCCAUAGCAAAGGAAGAAAAUUUGAAACCCUCAGGACCAAUGUCGAAUGAUGCAGUCCCUCAAUCAGAACCAGCAAACACCGCUCAAGACGUCAAAAAGGAGUCUUGUCAAGUUGCAUCUAUUUUCCAAUCACCCGGUAGCUCGGCACUGGCUUGCUCGAAGCUUUUUACCAUUGGACGGGGAGAUCCAAAUAAAGAAAAAGAAGAUAAAAUUUACCUGUCUCCAAUCAAGACAUCUUCUCCCAGUCAGCAAGGAAUUAUCUUGCCGCAAAAGCCCUCAACGUCUCCCGGACAGAGUUACUUACCCAGUAGUCUUCCGUUUGGCUCAACAACACCUGUGAAGUUCACUUUCAGUUUGACAGUUUCACCUGGGUCUCCAUCUCGCAAACCCAAAUCACCAUCAUCGCCUGCGACACCGUCAUCUCCUGAGAGUCCUAGCAGUGGAGAAGAUGAUGGCCCGUACUUUGAGCCACUGAUACCACUUCCUGAUAAGGUGGAAUGCCGAACAGGAGAAGAAGGCCAAGAGGUACUUUUUUGUGAACGUUGCAAAUUGUUUAGGUAUGACGGAGGUGCAUCGCAGUGGAAAGAAAGAGGUGUUGGUGAGAUCAAGAUACUUCGUGACUCAAACUCUAAUAAAAACAGGAUUUUAAUGAGGCGUGAACAUGUCUUAAAACUCUGCGCUAAUCACAUGAUUUUAACGGAUAUGGUGCUGAAGCCUUUCUCAAACUCUGACAAGGCAUGGCUGUGGACAACGCUUGCAGAUUUCUCGGAAGAAGAAGCCACAGCAGAGACUUUAGCUGCGAGGUUUAGAACUAGUGAGGUUGCUGCUAAAUUCAAAGAAACCUUCGACAUUGGUACACAGGCGGCUGCAUCAAAACCAGAGAAGGGUCCAUCCUUAUCAAAACCAGAGAGCAAGCCUCCGGACUCAAGAACAUCAGAGAAACCUGAAGAAGAUGUCAUGAUAAUAUUCGAGAAAGUAGUAACGGCUGAUCUAAAGGAGAAAGCCAAAAGGCUUCAAUUGCCAAGUAACUUCUUCGGAUAUGAGUGUUCGGCGCUUGAAGUCAGCUCUGAUCUGACGGAAACUGAUGCGAGGUGAGUAACCCUAUACUGGUGAAGUGGAAUUGAUAUAGUUAUGCAGCAUCGAUAUCUCGAUCUUUCCAAGGUACGUUAAUGUAUAUAUGUCUGAACUUCAUAUAACACACUGCGAUAUUGAAUUAACAGGAAGUCAGACCAGCCGACAAGUGAUCCCAUUCCCGAGGGAAGUUCCACCACGACUUCAAACAAGACAGGCUUUCUUUUUGGCUCUGCAAGUGUGUCGUCUUUGACCUUUCAAUCCAUGGUUGCAUCUUCACUGGGAAGCAGUCCUUUUGGACAGAAGACGCAAGGUACGUUUGCUGGUUUUUCAGGAGCUGGGUCACAGGUGUUUGCCUCCCAAAAUGCAGACGAAGAUGACGAAGCAGUGGAUGGUAACCAUGAUGGACCACACUUUGAGCCAAUUAUUCCUCUUCCUGAAAAGAUCGAUGUUAAAACUGGUGAAGAAGAUGAAGAGGUAAUUUUUUCUCAUCGAACCAAGCUUUAUCGUUUUGCUGCUGAGGACAAGCAGUGGAAGGAGCGAGGAGUUGGGGAUAUAAAGCUUCUGAAAAAUAGACAAAGUGGAAAGAUGAGAGUUCUGAUGCGGCAGGAUCAGGUGCUUAAAAUAUGCGCAAAUCACCAGAUAACCGCUGAAAUGAAACUACAGCCGAACGCAGGUUCAGAUAGAUCGUGGGUGUGGAGCACAAUGGCAGAUUUUUCAGAGGGCGAAUGUAAAGCUGAACAACUUGCUGUGAGAUUUAAAUCAGAAGACACCGCCAAGCUGUUCAAGGAGAAGUUUGACGAAUGUCAGGGAAUGCUGAGGAACCAAACACCAGUGAAGCUUCAAGUAACACCCAAAACUACAGAUGCCAAAGAGGAUCUCGUGACCAAGUUUAAACCAGCUGAGGGAUCAUGGGAAUGUAGCGACUGUAUGGUAAACAACGAUAGUGAUAAAGUGCAGUGUUCAGCUUGUGGAAAUGUAAAACCAGGAGCAGAACCAAGUCAAGGCCAAAAUAAAGAAGCUAAUGCGUCGUUUUCAUUUGGUGGCUCUAGUCUUUCAUCCUCUGGUGGAGGCUUUAUGUUUGGCUCUGGAGGUUCAAGUCAAGAGGGUGAUACCAAACCAGUUUUCACUUUUGGUAGUUCGAACCAAAAAUCAAAUCCAAGCUCAGGAUUUCCAUUCACCUUUGGCUCCUUAAAACAAGCAGGACCUGGAAGUGAACAGCAGACAGAGGACACCAAUGGCCAUCUUUCUUUAUUUAAUGAACAAAAGCCUGAUGAGGAAUGUAAAGCUGAACAACUUGCUGUGAGAUUUAAAUCAGAAGACACCGCCAAACUGUUCAAGGAGAAGUUUGAAGAAUGUCAGGGAAUGCUGACGAACCAAACACCAGUGAAGCUUCAAGUAACACCCAAAACCCCAAAUGCCAAAGAAGAUCUCGUGACCAAAUUUAAACCAGCUAAGGGAUCAUGGGAAUGUAGCGACUGUAUGGUUAGCAACGAUAGUGAUAAAGUGCAGUGUUUAGCUUGUGGAAAUGUAAAACCGGGAGCAGAACCAAGUCAAGGCCAAAAGAAAGAAGCUAAAGCGUCGUUUUCAUUUGGUGGUUCUAGUCUUUCAUCCUUCUCAUUCGGCUCUGGUGGAACAAGUCAAGGCGAUUCAAAACCAGUUUUCUCUUUUGGCAGCCAGAACCAGACUUCCACCCCAAGCUCUGGAGUUGCAUUUAGUUUUGGCUCCAUGGAUCAAGGAGGAAAUUUGAACGAACAGCAGACUAACAGAAACCCUAAAGCUAGUUCCUUGAUUGAUCCAGCAGACAACAAAGGAGCUGAUGAUACUAAGGAUGAUCAAAACCAGAGUAUUCAAGAAGGGCUAGAUGUCAAAGAAAAAGCUCAAGUGGAAGAAAUUAGCACAGAAGAGGAUAGUUCUACCCUUGAAAGGUCAGUUGAGCCAGUUGCUUUAGGAAAAGUGUUAAGAUGGCAAUCAAGCACCUCUAAAAAAGUUCCGAGAUAAAUAAACUGAGUAAACAGAGAGAGGCGUAGGUGUUAAUUCAAAUGGGGUGCACAAAGUGAAUUGUUCAUGUUUUCCAAAGUUUUUAGCAUUGAUGUCCUCGCACGAGAUCUCAUUGGUGUUGGUUGUUUUUAUGUUAUGUUUUGUUUUUGAAGCACAAAGUAGCUUAUAUAAAACAUAAGGGGCUCUUUUACCCAUUACACUUCCAAAAUCGAAGGUGCAUGUAAUGAUAACUAAUCCCAAUAAAAUCGUUAAUAUAGGUACUAUCGAAAUUAUAAAUCCAAAAGUAAACACAAAUUUUUUUUUUCUGCUACAGUGACAAGGACUCGACACCUGCCAUGCAAGACACAAAAGAUACUUUGCCAAACAAGGAGCAAAAGUUCCUAUUUGGUUCUCCCAACGUAUCGUCAUCGUCAUUUCAGUCAAUCGCCAAUUCGUCUCUGAGCAACAGUCUGUUUGGGAAGAAACCAACUUCCGGUAAUUCCCUGCUUGAGUUUCCGGAAUCAGGCACCAAACUAUUCACAACCCCAGACCGUAGUGAGUCGAAAACGAAAGAGGACCACGAAGGACCACACUUUGAGCCGAUAAUCCCUCUACCUGAAAAGAUCGAUGUUAAAACAGGAGAAGAGGAUGAAGAAGUCAUGUUCUCCCACAGGGCAAAGCUAUAUCGUUUUGUGGCAGAGGACAAGCAGUGGAAAGAGCGAGGAGUUGGAGAUAUAAAGCUUUUGAAAAAUAGGCGGAGUGCAAAGAUAAGAGUUCUAAUGCGGCGGGAUCAAGUGCUAAAAAUCUGCGCCAAUCACCAGAUAACUGCUGAAAUGAAACUAAAGCCUAAUGCAGGUUCAGAGAGAUCGUGGGUAUGGAGCACGAUGGCAGAUUUUUCAGAGCAGGAAUGUAGAGCUGAACAACUUGCUGUGAGGUUUAAAUCAAAAGACAUCGCCAAGCAGUUCAAGGAGAAGUUUGAGGAAUGCCAAGAAAUGCUAAAGAACUCGACACUAAUGGAGUCAAGGGUACAACCGAAAUCCACAGAUGCCAAAGAAGAUCUAGUAGCUAAGUUUAGAUUAGCUGAGGGAUCAUGGGAAUGUAGCGCCUGUAUGGUGAACAACGACAGUAAUAAAGUGGCUUGUACAGCAUGUGGAAGUGUGAAAGCAGAACCAAGUCAAGGCCAAAAGGAAGAAACCAAACCUUUAUUUGAAUUUGGAUCUGGAGCUUCAUUCUCUGGAGGAGGCUUUACGUUUGGCUCUGGUGGAAUAAACCAAGGUGGUGAUACAAAACCAGCCUUUACUUACGGGGGUUCAAACAAAACAACGAAUCCAUGCUCGGGAUUUUCAUUCUCCUUUGGUACCUUGAAGCAAGGAGGAAUUGUCAGUGACCAGCAGUCAAAGGCUACCAAAAGCAGUUUCUCUUCUUUGUUUGAACCAAAGCCUGGUAAUAAAGCUGGUAAUUCUAAAUAUGACAACGAACGCCAAGAAAAGCCGAAGAACCAAACGUCAGUUAAAGCGAAGAAAGAAGAGACAAAAACUCAACAAGCCGAGAAAGGCAUUAUGGCGAACUUUAAAGCUGAUAAGAGUUCAUGGGAAUGUAGUGUCUGUAUGGUGCAAAAUAAUAAGGAUAAAGUAACGUGCCUAGCAUGUGGGUGUGUAAAAGCAAGAGCCAAGCCAAGUCAGGGACUAAAGAAAGAAGCCAAACCGUCCUUUUCACUUGGAUCUAGUUCGUUGACAAUUGGUGAAGGAUUUACGUUUGGUCGUGGUGGUAAAAGUCAACAAAGCAAGACAAAACCAGUUUUUAAUUCUGAUAGUUUGAACCAAACGCUUUAUCUAGGCACGGGAUUUUCAUUUAAGCCAGGAGGAGGUUUUAGUAACCAGCAGUCAAAGGACAUCAAUGGCAGUCUCUCUUCAUUAUAUAAACAAAAGCCUGGUAAAAAAGCUGAUAAUAUUCAGGAUGACCACAAUCGUCAAGAAAUGCUGAAGAACCAAUUAUUACUAAUCACGACAAAAGAUGAAAAGAAAAAUGAAGACACUGGAAAAGGAGUUAUUGCGCAGUUUAAAAAUGCUACAGGAUCGUGGGAGUGUAACAUUUGUAUGGUGAACAACGACAGUGAUAAAGUCGAAUGUGCCGCUUGUGGAAGUAUAAAGUCAGGAGCAGAAGUCAUUAAAGCACAGAAGCAAGACUCGAAAUCACUUUUUCCAAUCGGGUUUGGUACUUCGUCAUCUGGUGGAGUCUUCUCGUUCGGCUCUGGAGGAACAAGUCAAGGCGAUUCAAAACCUGUUUUCACAUUUGGCAGCCAUAACCAGACUUCCACCCCAAGCUCAGGAGUUGUAUUUGGUUUUGGCUCCUUAGAUCAAGGAGGAAAUUUGAGUGGACAGCAGACUAACACAACCCCUAAAUCACUAAUCACGGCCAAAGAUGGAACGAAUAAUGAAGACACCCGAAAGGACGCUAUAGCGAAGUUUCAACCUGCUAAAGGAUCAUGGGAGUGUGAAAUUUGUAUGGUAAACAAUGAUGGUGAUAAGUUCGCAUGUGCAGCUUGUGGAAGUGUAAAGCCAGCAGUAGGAGUUCAUAAAGAACAAAAGCAAGAUUCAAAAUCACUUUUUCCAUUUGGGUUUGGUGCUUCGUCAUCUGGAGGAGUCUUCUCAUUCGGCUCUGGUAGAACAACUCAAGGCGAAUCAAAACCUAUUUUCACAUUUGGCAGCCGGAACUCGACUUCCAGCCCAAGCUCUGAGUUUUAUUUAGUUUUGGCUCCUCAGAUCAAGGAGGAAAUUUGAGUGGGCAGCAGACUAAAACAACCCUAAGGUCACUAAUCACCACCAAAGAUGGAAAGAAAGAUGGAGAAACCCGAAAGGACGUCAUGACGAAGUUUCAACCUGCUAAAGGAUCGUGGGAGUGUGAGAUUUGUAUGGUGAACAACGACAGUAACAAAGUCGAAUGUGCAGCUUGUGGAAGUGUAAAGCCAGCAGUAGGAGCUCAUAAGGAACAAAAGCAAGAUUCAAAAUCACUUUUUCCAAUCGGGUUUGGUACUUCGUCAUCUGGGGGAGGCUUCUCAUUCGGCUCUGGUAGAGCAAGUCAAGGCGAUUCAAAACCUGUUUUCACAUUUGGCAGCCAUAACCAGACUUCCACCCCAAGCUCAGGAGUUGUAUUUGGUUUUUGCUCCUCAGAUCAAGGAGGAAAUUUGAGUGGACAGCAGACUAACACAACCCCUAAAUCACUAAUCACGGCCAAAGAUGGAACGAAUAAUGAAGACACCCGAAAGGACGCUAUAGCGAAGUUUCAACCUGCUAAAGGAUCAUGGGAGUGUGAAAUUUGUAUGGUAAACAAUGAUGGUGAUAAGUUCGCAUGUGCAGCUUGUGGAAGUGUAAAGCCAGCAGUAGGAGUUCAUAAAGAACAAAAGCAAGAUUCAAAAUCACUUUUUCCAUUUGGGUUUGGUGCUUCGUCAUCUGGAGGAGUCUUCUCAUUCGGCUCUGGUAGAACAACUCAAGGCGAAUCAAAACCUAUUUUCACAUUUGGCAGCCGGAACUCGACUUCCAGCCCAAGCUCUGGAGUUUUAUUUAGUUUUGGCUCCUCAGAUCAAGGAGGAAAUUUGAGUGGGCAGCAGACUAAAACAACCCUAAGGUCACUAAUCACCACCAAAGAUGGAAAGAAAGAUGGAGAAACCCGAAAGGACGUCAUGACGAAGUUUCAACCUGCUAAAGGAUCGUGGGAGUGUGAGAUUUGUAUGGUGAACAACGACAGUAACAAAGUCGAAUGUGCAGCUUGUGGAAGUGUAAAGCCAGCAGUAGGAGCUCAUAAGGAACAAAAGCAAGAUUCAAAAUCACUUUUUCCAAUCGGGUUUGGUACUUCGUCAUCUGGGGGAGUCUUCUCAUUCGGCUCUGGUAGAGCAAGUCAAGGCGAUUCAAAACCUGUUUUCACAUUUGGCAGCCAUAACCAGACUUCCAGCCCAAGCUCAGGAGUUGUAUUUGGUUUUUGCUCCUCAGAUCAAGGAGGAAAUUUGAGUGGACAGCAGACUAACACAACCCCUAAAUCCCUAAUCACGGCCAAAGAUGGAAAGAAUAAUGAAGACACCCGAAAGGACGCUAUGGCGAAGUUUCAACCCUCUAAAGGAUCAUGGGAGUGUGAAAUUUGUAUGGUGAACAACGACAGUAAUAAGGUCCAAUGUGCAGCUUGUGGAAGUGUAAAGCCAGCAGUAGGAGUUCAUAAAGAACAAAAGCAAGAUUCAAAAUCACUUUUUCCAUUUGGGUUUGGUGCUUCGUCAUCUGGAGGAGUCUUCUCAUUCGGCUCUGAUAGAACAACUCAAGGCAAUUCAAAACCUGUUUUCACAUUUGGCAGCCUGAACCAGACUUCCAGCCCAAGCUCAGGAGUUGUAUUUAGUUUUGGCUCCCUAGAUCAAGGAGGAAAUUUGAGUGGACAGUAGACUAACACAACCCCUUAAUCACUAAUCACGGCAAAAGAUGGAAAGAAUAAUGAAGACACCCGAAAGGACGCUAUGGCGAAGUUUCAACCCUCUAAAGGAUCAUGGGAGUGUGAAAUUUGUAUGGUGAACAACGACAGUAAUAAGGUCCAAUGUGCAGCUUGUGGAAGUGUAAAGCCAGCAGUAGGAGUUCAUAAAGAACAAAAGCAAGAUUCAAAAUCACUUUUUCCAUUUGGGUUUGGUGCUUCGUCAUCUGGAGGAGUCUUCUCAUUCGGCUCUGAUAGAACAACUCAAGGGAAUUCGAAACCUGUUUUCACAUUUGGCAGCCUGAACCAGACUUCCAGCCCAAGCUCUGGAGUUGCAUUUGGUUUUGGCUCCUUAGAUCAAGGAGGAAAUCUGAGUGGACAGUAG